AGUUCCGAUUCUAUAAAAUAGUAAGCAAAAGGAAACCGAAGAAUAACACGCGUUCGAACAGCGGAUAUUCCAAACCCUUGUUGGUAUUCGCCUCUGCCAGUCAGCCAGCCAACCAGCUCAACGGCCAAUAUAUUUUAUAUCAAAAUAGUUUUAGUUAGUCACUUGUUGUCAAGGAUACCGGUCACGUUGCUCUGGAUACUAAACAACCAAACAAAGUUUUCAAUUUUUCGUCGGUAAAAGACGAAACAUAGAAAUCGGCUGUUCUGUUUUUUUUUUUGUUUCUUUCUUUUGCAUACACCUUUACCGUGUGUUGUUGGUGAUCCGCGCAUUUUCACAAUUUUUUCUGUAAUAAGUGUUUUCGGGAUUUCAUUGUUGUUGUUUGUUACCUCUACGAAUUGGCUGGUUUAUGAUCGUUUUUUUCUCUCCUCGCUUGGUUUUGUGGCGAUAAUCUUUCUUCCUUCAAACCACACAUCGGUACAAAAUUAACCACACCAGAAGAGAGCCAGAAAGAGAGAAGUAGUACGGGUAGUAAAGGAAAAACGGAAAAUUCGUUUCGUACAUUGUUGAAAAUAGCUGCGCUCACAAAACUAUAAAUGGCUCCACAAAAUUCGACAUUGCUACACGAAAAUACCGAACUAUCCAACGAACUAAGUCAUUACAGUCCAAUACCAAAGGAACCGUACUGCAUUGAAAUAUGUAUAAACAACACUUAUACGGAUGAAAUCAUUAGGCCCGGCAAAUCAACACACAAAUAUGAUCGAGUGAUAUACGAGCAGGUAGAGAAUGAAAUUCCAAUUUGGAUUUGUGGCGAACCUAGAUUCGUAUCAGGCAUUACAAACAACACAACAUGCAGUGAUUUGAUACAAGCAUUGAUUGACGAUGAAUUAAACAGCAGUACAGUCGAUGUCACAGCGUCGCGUGAUUUAAAUGAUUAUGUGAUUACUGAAAAAUGGCGUGACGUUGAACAAGCAUUACCGGGCGAUACCAAAAUAUUACCGAUUUGGAUGGCAUGGGGUAGCGUUCAAAAUGAAAAUGAGGUGAAAUUCAAACUAAAAAUCAAUAAAAACAAGGCUGGAACUAAAAUAGCUGGUGACUACAGUAACGACAACGGUGACGCCAAUCGCUAUGAUAAACGACAUAAACAGGACGAACGCCAUCGAAGAUCGGCCGCCGUAGCACAGCUCAUGAAACGAUUAAUUGAUCAGGGUGAAAGCAUUAAACAGCAGUUGGAUAUAUUGAGGGUGAAAAAUGAUCAAAGCUCGUUGCGAGGGGAGCUUGGCUCGAAAAAAUACCCAAGUUCAUUGUUGAACUCAUUUUUGCACGACACAAUGCGAUUGGAUUCGAUGGCUUUGAGCUGUAGUGAUGGUGCGUCGACCAGUCGAGAAACGAAAAUCAUUGCCAAAGUACCACAGAGGCGACAACCAGAAUUCGACACCACAAACGAUGAACUAUUUCUGAUGAUUGACGACGGAACAGGUAUCAAUACCGAUGAAACGGACAGCAACGUACACGUCGAGUAUCGACAAUACUAUUUAAAUAAAAAGCUCGAUUUGGCCGUUGCAGCUGCAAAGGUCAGUGUAAGUAAUGCGAACGCAAUACCGAAACGUAAAUCUAUUCCAAGAAAAUUGGAAUUCGACGCUUUGCGACAAAAUUACCACAAUAAGCGUCUCAUCAAACAUUUAUGCGAAAAUAUCAAUCAACGGCAAAUACGUCAUCGUCAAAUGCCAGCACAUGGCAACAAAGACAAUCACAUUCAUCGUGAAAUCGACAAGUUAAUGAUGGAAUUGCAACAGCUCAGCGCACGAGAGGAGCAACUCAUGAAAAAUCUAUCGGCCAAAUGCGACCGAUAUCGCAAUCAAAACAACAAAUACAUGACCAAUUUACGGCUAAAACUGUGCAUCGACGAAGUGCAACACAAUUUGGACGUUUACGCCAAAGAUAUCAUUGAAAAUGAACUGGAACUGCACGAGAUUCAAGUGGAAAUUCAACAGAAAUACGAUACUCUAUUUAAUUUAACGAAAAAGGCUGAACUGUUCAAUAACUUCGUAUUCGAUAACGACGACAAUACGUUCAAUACAACCAUGUCGAACAAUAAAAGUCUUAUCAUUUAAUCGGGAAACAUAAUAAUGUUAAGUUUGUACAUUUAAGCGAUAUUUUUGGA